AGCACUCGCGAUUUCCGCGCUCGCGUUACACGCCGCGAGAUCUGUAAAAGUCACCGACCAGCUCGUCCGCGUGCCUCGCUCGCGGCCGAUAAACGCCGCGGUUAUCUUGAUCCUCGACGUCCUAUUACGUAGAUCGAGACUCUCCUCUCCGGGAAUAACUCGCGAAAAUCGUUACCGUACACCCACCGCGAGCGAUCCAACAAGAGUUUUUAUCGGGAUAAUUUCGGCGGUGCCAGCGAAUUUCACCUAACGGAAUCGUCUUAUCAACCGCGAUAACGCGAAGCUGGUAACGUGUCGUGUUCGAUAAGCAUGCAGAUUCAACGAGCUACCACCAGUCUAGAGCAUCUGUUUUUUUAAUUACUUUGUUUACUAUAUAGAUCGAAGUGAAUCGGUGGAUUAUAAUACACUCUUUGUAUAUCCUCGCGAGCGAUGAACGUUUAAACAUGUUUGUGAAUCAGUUAUAAAAAGAGGGAAAAGACGAGAAUAAUCAAGCGUGGACAAUUUAGUGAGAAUUGUUUUUUAAUCAGCGCGGUACAAGAUCGCGUACGAUUGGUAGGGGUCAAUGAACUGCCGACACAAAGUAUCUACGUACAUUACGUGCGUGUGUGUGUGUGUGUGAUUUCUUUCUUCGAUUUGAGAACAGUGUGUAUAAACCCGCGAACGAAGCACGGAAAAUGCUAAUCGGCGUGAAUUACAAGGAAUGCAGCGAAACCACGAAUUCCGUUUGAUUUACAAUCACCGGCAUUGACCAAGUCGCGGCUACGAUUAUCGUACUACGAAAUCUGUGCGAACCUGUUUCGCUUCCAUGCCGAAGUGUCGGCUGCAAUUUUGUUAGUCGCGAAACGUAUUCGGUUUCCUCCCGGCCUGUAUCCAGUUUCGUGUACGAGAAGCCGUGUAACCGCUUGUGCCAUAUUGGGACCAACAGAUCUCCAUUAUUCCACCACCACGAUGAUACACGCUAUUGUGUAAGAUUCUUUCUCUACCGUCAACACGGGCACGGUACACGUGUAAGAGGCAUUAUUCCCACUCAGAGGACUCGCGCGAGAGAAAGAGAGAAAGAGAAAGAAAGGAAACUGUGAUAGAACAUGAGCGUUUGUGUGUACGAGAGCAUAGAAAUUGGCAAGAUGACAACGUUGAAAAAGGACGAGAAGAGGGCUUUGAAGAAGUCGAAGAAGUCUAGCCAGAAGGCAGUGAGGAAGCUGAAUUCAGCGAAGAACAACGGAUCGAAGGUGGAUGCAGAAGAGCGAAGGGAUGAUCCUCUGAAUUUUGAUUUCGACGUGUCGUUGGACGAGGCGGACAGGGAGGCGAGGACAAGCGGGAAAUUCGAAAGGACGUCGAUUCGCAAGAAAAUCGGGUUGCUGAUAAAAAGUAGCGUGGAGUUACCGGCGGCGAUAAAUCGCAGCCUACAGCCUAUCAGACGCAGCCUUAGCUUCAGCAAGGACUUGAACCGACUGCAAGAGCCUCCGAGGCCACAUAGGGCAAGCAGUGCACAAUGGUAUAACAGCAGUCUGGUGUCUUUGGCGGAAGACGAGUGUUUGGAUGAUCUGGAUAUCGCACCAGCGAGGAACAGCACCUCGGAAGAAUUGCUCUCCCUGAAGGCUCACGUCAUCAGGACGCAGAGCCUCAUCGACCCCACAUUUCAGGCUAGAAGCCCAAGGAGACGGGUGAAAGAUCUGCUUCGCAAAACCGCCCCUUACGGACGACACAGCGAGCAUUAUGACUCCUCCAUAGACUUAAGUAAUCCACCCUUCCAGGCAAGCAGCCUGCCUGCCCUUGCGCACACCGCCACGGAAGACAGCUACAGUGAGGCCAAAUACCUCCGCGAAAGGGAGCAACAGGUCAGGAACGAAUGGAGGAACUCGAAGUCCCUUGUACGACCUUUGUCUCUCCUGCAUAUCGGACAGCUACACGCCAAGCACCACUCGGUGCGUUCGAGGUCGUUGACCCAGCUGGACGCUCUGGGCAGCAACAUGCUGGACACGGGGGAGCACCAUCUGGGGGGUGGUCCCUCACAACAGCAACCCCAUCAUCUUCACCACCAUUAUCAACCUCAGCAAUUGCAGCACCACCCCCAAAAUGUCGAGAGUAACCCGCGUUUCCUGGUGCCCAACGCACCGUCCAUUGAGGGUGGCCAUCAAAACCGCACCAGGCAUAAGCUGUCCCGGUCUCAGGUGUCCAGCAGCGAGUACUUCAGCGUCAGUUUCGACUUAUUUGACGACGCUGGCGGCCUGGACCGGGAAGAGUUUAUACCUGCUACGAAAGGCACCCUCUUGGCGGAGGCGUUGAACGCUACGUGUGAAAGGCGGGGAAUAGACCUGUCGCGGAUUGAGGUCUCCGAUGGAUUGUCGCUGCCAUUGCCGAUCUACACGACAGAAACGUCGAGCCUCGGUGGCAAGCAUUUGCGGAUUACAGUUAAGGACAAUGAGAAAUCGAACUCGAGAUCGUCGAGCCAGAGGGGCAACCAAAGUGUCUCCCUGAGGAAGACGGGCGGCGGGAGUUAUCGAUGUCGAAGCAGCCGUUUCUUCAGUGUGUCCACGGAAGACUCGAGCGUCGAUUCAGAAGUAGGUAGCACCACUACACUAACGUCUGGUCGGAGCUCCGCUGGGGCUGCGGGGUUCAAGACCAGCAAACAACGCUGGAGCGGCUUCUUCUCGAACACGAAGGGUAACAAACUCGAUUUGCUCACCGCUCAACUUGACGAUUAUAAUAAGCACGGUGUACCAAAACUCACGGACGUUCAACUGCCCUACGAACUCACCCCUAACGAAGAUGCCUUGUACAAUCUAGAAAAUGACUGGCGUGACAUUGUUCUCAACUCGGACCAAUUGUCGGAGAGACAGCAGCAACAGCAGACUGCUUUAUGGGAGUUAGCUCAAACAGAAGUAGCUUACAUCAAGACUUUGAAGGUCGUGACAGAUCUAUUCAUGGCGUGCCUCUGUAGCCUGCAGGCCUCGAAUAUCCUGAACGAGGUCGACAGGACCAAGCUAUUCAGUAACAUACCCGAAAUCUACGCCGCGAAUCGCUACUUUUGGACAGAAUACGUUUUAAGAAUGGUGAACACUUCAAGAACCACUAGACAACCACUAGAUUCUGGCCACCUUCUGCAAGGUUUCGAGACGUUCGAGCAAACGUUCGCACCGUACACCAGGUACUGUGCCGAGCAAAGCAGGUGUCAGCAGUACUGCAGGGACCGUUUCAACGAUAAUCAUUUGUUUACGGUCUACCUGGUGUGGUGCGAGACUCAGAAGGACUGCAACAGAUUGAAACUGUUGGAUAUACUAGUGAAACCUAUGCAGAGGCUGACCAAGUACUCCCUCCUCUUGAAAGCUGUUCAUAAGAACACGGAGAACGAGGAGCAACGAGCAGAGUUGACACAUAUGAUCAAAUCUGUAGACGACUUCGUUGCAUCUGUGAAUGCAGCUCUGAAGAGGAACGAGGAGACAGCCAAACUAGCCAGCGCCGCGUCUCGAAUAGAGAGCUACGAUGUGGUCGAAUCCAGGGACGAAGAGUUAGAGAAACUUAUUAAGAUUCACAGCACGUUCGACAUUACCACCGCUCCGAUGCCUGGCUGCUCGAAAGACACGCUCAGAGUACUUCUACGCGAGGGAGAUUUAAAGCUAAGGGACGCAGCUAGUAGCAAGACUGAGGUGCACGUGCUGUUGCUUACGGAUAUGCUAUUGAUCUGCAAACCGUCGACCAAGAAAACGUCUUCCAGUGGACUGACUGGCACCUUGGGAGGCGGUCUGAAGAUUAUAAGACAACCAUACGUGAUCGAUCGCAUCUCGAUACACGAGCUGAAGGAGCAUAGCAGCUUGGGGCUAGUUUAUCUUAACGAAUACGGGGCUGCAUCAGCUGCUCUGGUUCUCAGCGCUGGAGAAUCGAAAUUAGCCAAGUCUUGGAUGGAAGCGAUAAGAAAAGCUCAGCAACAAUUCGCUCUAAUGAAGGUGCCACCACUUGGUAGCACUAUGAGCCUAAGCGCUGUUAGUAGACAGCCUAGUACAUUCCUUGGUGACAUUGAAUUCGAGCCAGAAGAGUGUGAGGGUAUUCCAAAGACGCCUAGAGGAAGUAGCCGGGCGUCUAGAGUUAGCAGCCUCGCUCACAGUCACAGUCAUGAAACUUCAAGCGGAAGCAUAGAAAUGGAGGGCGUUUCUCCAGGAAGCAGUAGCUUCCUACCCAGUUACAACCCUAGCAGAAACGUUAGCGUGGAAACGAACGAACCACCAAGAGCCUCAAGUGUAUCAUCUGAGGAAGGAGGUGAAAGCACAGGACAUAACCACAGACCAUUACAAAUUAGUCCUCACAAAUUUGAUAAUAGACGACAUCUGCCGAGCAAAUCACCGACGCCAAACACGCUGAGCGUCCAGCUACCAACAUACUCUAGCCUUGGCCAAUCGCUGCCAAACUUGACUCUGGCCACGUCGCCGCAGACGUCGACAGUGUCACCGACACCGCCGAACUCGCUUCUCAUCGUACCCCAGAUAACGAAGAGCAAGGACACUUUGCUCUCGCCGGGACACCGAGGUAUCUCGUAUCCACCACCGUCGCCCCCGAGAGGGGCACUCAGAAGGGCGUUCGCGAUCCCUCAAUCACGAAACCCACCUCUCGUUAAAACGAGACACAUAAGUUCGUCUGUGACACAGACGGUUCCGACUACGAUGAAUUUAGACACGGAUGCCAUCGAGGAGAGGCGGAGGAGGCUGGAACCUUCGCACAGGAUGCCAUCGACGAGCAGCAUCCCGGAUGAAAAGAAAUGACGAGAACUGGAAUACAAGAGCAACCUGCUGAGAAGAUAAAUUACCACGGACCAUCUGCAUUUGACGAAAGGGUGUACGUGAUACGUCGUGCUUAGAAACAAGAUGUUGCUUUCUGUUGUCUGUAUGCAAGUGCUGCACACGCUUUCAUGCAGGACCAGCAGAAAGGGGGCUUUAAUAAAGAUAGAGAAUGGAUUCAACUUGAGUUAGGCGAACACGUCUCGUACUCCCUGUGCCUACGAUACGAAUCGAGCAAUUUUUACAACCGAUUGGGGCCAUUCGAAAUCAACGCGAAAUUUGUACCACGACCGUAUCAUUGUAACUAAUUUGAUUCUAGCCGUGUAACUUCUAGAUCUCAUUUUGUAAUUAAUCCUCGACGUGGCGGCCGAACAUGUGGUCGUGUUUUUCGAAUAAUUACCCUAUAGUUCAUUUAGAAUUUUAAGCGACGAAUAG